AAAUCGAGUUAAAGCUUGGGAUUGAAGUAAAAGGAGAAAAUAAAAAAGUUGCUCUGCUUGGAUGGUCUGAUCGGAUGGCUUCCUCUAACCGUCCUCCUCAUCUCACUCACGUUCCUCUCCCAUCUGACUCAGGUGGCAAUCCGUUUAACGAGGAAGCUCCUCCGGUUCCUAUCCAUAUAGUGACCGAUGCUUCUCAGCUUCCAGCGGAGUUUCUGAACCCUUCUCCGGAGAGUCAGUUGGUCGUAGGCUUUGAUUGUGAGGGUGUUAACCUCUGUCGCCAUGGCACUCUUUGUGUUAUGCAGCUUGCAUUUCAGGAUGCCAUAUAUUUGGUUGACGCCAUUGAGGGUGGAGGGGUGCUAAUAAAUGCCUGUAAACCUGCCCUUGAGUCUGCUCACAUCACAAAAGUUAUUCACGAUUGCAAACGGGAUAGUGAGGCAUUGUACUUCCAAUUUGGCAUCAAGUUACACAAUGUUAUGGACACUCAGAUUGCUUACAAUCUUCUAGAGGAACAAGAAGGGCGGAAGAGAUUGCCUGAUGAACACAUAUCAUUUGUUGGCCUCCUUGCAGAUCAACGCUAUUGUGGCAUAUCUUAUCAGGAGAAGGAAGAAGUUCGUAUCCUCCUUAGGAAGGAUCCCAAGUUUUGGAUUUACAGACCAUUAUCUGAGCUCAUGGUUCGUGCUGCUGCAGACGAUGUCCGCUUUCUUUUAUACAUCUACCACAAGAUGAUGGAGAAACUGAAUGAACGAUCCUUAUGGUACCUUGCAGUUCGUGGAGCAUUAUAUUGCCGAUGUUUAUGCAUCAAUGACAAUGACUAUGCAGAUUGGCCACCUAUUCCUCCCAUCCCAGAUAGCUUAAUAGUGGAGGGGAAUGCUCCCGAAGAAGAAAUACUUUCUAUUCUCGAUGUUCCUCAAGGGAAGAUGGGACGUGUUAUUGGAAGAAAAGGGGUUUCCAUUUUGGCAAUCAAGAGGUGUUGCGAUGCCGAAAUUCACUUUGGGGGUUCCAAGGGUCCACCCGACAAGGUAUUCGUCAUGGGACCUGUGAGGGAGGUGAGGAAAGCUGAAGCCAUGCUGAGGGGAAGAAUGAUGGAUUAAAUUUGAGCUGCUUUUAGCGCUCUUUUCGUAAAGCCAAAACUGAGAACUGUUAUGAAAAUGAUCUUAGAAGCCCCUACAGCUUGUGUUUUGACCGACCUUCCUAUAUUUUGUACAGCGAUCACUGUUUUUAA